CGCGCGUGCGCAGGCGUGCCGGCGCGAGCUCGCUGUCAGUCUGUCGGCGGCGCGAGCCACAGGGCGAAAACAAAACAAAACAACACCACGAGCGAAAGGGAGCGGCGCGCGCAGCAGAUCCGUCCGUUUGUUUGUUUGUUUGUUUGUUUGUGAGCGAGCGGCAGAGGCGAGUGUAGAGCAUGCAGGCGGAUUUCGGGAUGUUCACGCACGCGGUGGUGCGCGGGGUGCCCGGCUCGCUCGCGGCGGAGGCGCUGCGCAGCGGCCCCGCGGAGGUGCGCGUGGACCUGGCGGCGGCGCGGCUGAAGCACGAGCGCUACGUGUCGGUGCUGGAGAGCACGCUGGGGCUGCGCGUGGUGCAGCUGGAGGCGGACGAGGCGCUGCCGGACUGCGUGUUCGUGGAGGACCCGGCGGUGGUCUGCGGAGACACGGCGCUCAUCACCAGACCGGGGGCGCCCAGCCGGAGAGGAGAGGCCGAAGCCAUGAAGAAAGCAUUGACGGAUCUGGACCUGAACAUUGUAGAGAUGACGGAUGAAUCGGCUACUCUGGAUGGAGGAGACGUCCUGUUCACAGGUAGAGAGUUCUUUGUGGGUUUAUCCAAGAGGACCAAUCGUAGAGGUGCAGAGAUCCUGGCAGAUGCAUUUAAGGACUACGCUGUGUCCACUGUGCCAGUACUGGGCAGUCUGCACCUGAAGAGUUUCUGCAGUAUGGCAGGUCCAGGGCUUAUCGCGAUUGGCUCCAGCGAAGCGGCCCAGAAAGCCUUAAAGACUAUGCAGCAGAUGAGUGACCAUAAGUAUGAUAAGCUGACGGUUCCUGAUGAUAUCGCAGCAAACUGUGUCUACAUGAACCUGCCCGGAAAAGGCCACGUUCUUCUACACUGCACACCUGAGGAGUUCCCUGAGAGCGCAAAGGUGUUUGAGAAGCUGAAGGACCACAUGCUGAUCCCUGUCUCCAAUGCGGAGAAGAUGAAGGUGGACGGAGCGCUGACCUGCUGCUCUGUUCUCAUCAACAAGCCAGACAAGGUCUGAGGGGCACUACGGAGUGCGCACUUCAGCCCUCUUCCAAUACUCUUACACAGCAUCCUCUCUUCUCUUCCUGCCUUUUUCACAGCGUGGCUCAAAAUAAAGGCAAGAAGCGAAGGAACCAAGGCUGUUCUGCCUGGGCUUGUUUGACCUGGGUGCUUAUAUUCAAAUGCCAAAGGCUUUUAGCCAAAAGAUAAGCUUGUUGAAUCGGAAGUUAAGGGAUGUUCCUGUUGAACAGACUUAACUUAUGGCUUAAAUUUUAAUAUGUUUGCAAAUUUUUUAAUCUCUUUCCAAUUAACACUGCCCCAGAUAAUUUGGAAGCUUGGAUUUUCCCGGGAAAAAGUGGCCAGAUGAAGUGAGCAUUAGUGUCAGUGGGACCCAGUUUCGGAGUUAGCCUAAUGUCCUCCCAUCAUCUAGCCGGGGUCUUCAAAUCUGGACCUUGAAUCCAGUUUCUGGUCCUGGAUUUUGUUAUCACUGGUAGUUAAUUGAACUGUUGAUGUGGCUGAUUGGCCACCAGCAAUUAUGAAAUCCAGGACCUGUAAACUGGAUUAAGAAUCUGGAGUUAAAGACUUGUUAUCUUUCCUGACGGUUCCUAACCGCCCUGUUCCUGCAUUACCCAUGAAUAGUAGUAUAUUCACUGCUUUAACACACAGUCAGCUCAGGAAGGGCUUGUGAAUGAGCUGAUUAGUUAAAUCAGGAUUUUUUAAGCAGGAAAAACACCAAACUGUGCAGGACAGAGGUUCACCGGGAGCUGGGUUAGGAACCACUGAUGUAACCCAGUCUAUAGUUCACAGAUUGUGAGGAUCCCUCAGCCAGUUCUUCGUUCCUGAGAGAGGUAGUCACAGUCUGUGCAAGUAAAAAUGGACUGGCUGCAGGUUUUGAUGACCUGAGUUUGGAUCCAAACAGAUACACAUACCAGACUGUGAACUAAGAGUAUUGGAAUAGGGCCUUUAUCAGGGUUCUCCAGUUCCAUUCCUCUAGAGCCUCGCGCUCCAUGUUAAAGUGUCUUCAUUGUUCUUAUUCAACUCGUUUCCAAACCCUGAAUUAGCUAAUUUAGGUGUGGGUUGAUGUGGCCUUCCCGGACUGGAGUUAGCAAACCCUGCCAUAGAUUUAGUGAUGUGUGAAUGAAGUGAGAAUGCGAACCUUAUAAUCAAUGUUUACAAUCCUUCAAAACAGCCACUAGAAGACCCUGUCACUGUACGGAGAACGUAGCGUUUGAUAUUGUUCUGUUUUGUUAGACCUACACGAAAGUAAAAGUAGCCGUUCAAAUCAAAGACCCCAGAAUGAAAGACCUCUCAAACUCAGACUGUCACUGUUUUCCCACCGUGAAAAAGUCAGUCAUCACCUUCUUAACGAGUAAAUUAAUUAACGUAGGCAGUGCUUGAUAAAGGGCAAAACCAUCAGAAGCUCAGCUGUAAUGAUGUAUACGCUAAUGAAACCAGGGGCUCCUUACUGAUCUAGGUUCUCCUCUCACCCUGAACUGCAAACCUGCUCUGAUUUGGAAUCUUGGUGGUCUCAAGGCCGUCUCGCAGGGGGCUGUGCUUGUGGACAGGCUGUGGACUCUUUUAGCUGGAAGCGUCAUUUCCCGAGCCCUCUGCGUAGCGCUGUGUCCCGGCUGUGUACGGAAGACGGUUCCCAUUCUCAGCUGUUCCACCCACAAAUACACACAGAAUAUAUCUUCAUUUUAUUGUAUUUUUCACAUUUUGUGAAAUAUAAGGCGCUUCCUCUGGCCACUUGUGGUCACUCAAGGUCACUCAAGGUCACUUGUCGUUAUCAGUUUUCUGCGAACUGAAAAAUGAGCUACUUAGCUAACCAGCUGCAUUUGUCUCUGGUUUAACUUUAUUUACGUGCUCUAAUGUUCAUGUUAACCGCCGACAAAAUAAGUGUUGCGCUUUAUUUCCACAAAAUAUGACUUAAAAUUGCAGUUUCCCUUCAGGAUCAAUAAAGUUCUGUCUAUUCUAAACGAAGGCUGACCUGCUAUCCUGUUGAAAGCCAACAGGCUAAUUAGGCCCCCUCGGAAAUAUUCAGUUUACGUUUAAAUCUUUCCUCGACGUCUCGGAGGAAACGCUAGAGAAGCGUUCGCUGAAUAUCUGUUCAGUCACCACUUGACUUUUUCAGCUACGGCUGCCAUGAACUGCUUAGUUGAUCGUUGGUUAGCUUGGCGCUAACGUAACACUGGGCAGCCCUACAGCAGCGCUACUGGAGGCUUAACUGCAUUAAACGUUGCUGUAUUUAUUCCUGCGUCGUUACGCGUCGUACGCGUGUCAAACGUGUCCCAGUUUUCAGUUACUGUACCGUGACCACGAGCGUAGAGUCCACUAAUAGGUUUGCUGCACAGGUAGGUUUGGUAGCACCUGGAACUGUGUACAAGUCGCGUAGCGUGUGGCAGUUAAGCAGCGAGUUAGGCCGACUUAUAGCAGUGUCCUGAGGCUGAGAUGUAUACAAGAUAACUUUAAUACACAAUAGGAAAUAUAUUAAACAAUCAAACAAACCAAAGUAAUCUACAGCACCCGACCCAAACCCAACCAAACAGACAAAGCAACCCAAACCCAAACCAUCAAACAGUCGCCAAGUGAGUGGCCAAUACACAAAAUAAUUAAAGUCCCUCGGCUACUUUGCAGCUUUUGGAUUGGGUGUCUCAGCGAAUAGGUGGCAGAAUAGUUUCAUUUAUUUAAUCAUUUACGACCGAUCAGUUUGCAUGUAAGUCAAACGGCCGUUUUCCGUCCGAGUAGGUGGUUCUUUGUCAUGUUAAGCAACAAAACACACCAGAUUCUUUGGCGACAGGCAGAAUGUCUGGCUUAUGAGACUAAAGACUAAUUCUGAAGGUUUUUUUGAGAAUAGCAUGUAGCAUAAAUACAAGUGCUCACUUAAUCUGCCAACUUUAGAGACUUUUUUAUGGAAAAUUCCCAAAGCAGAUCACUUACAUUGCAUGGCUAGCUAGCAAGCUAGCUAACAGUAAGGUUAGCAAAUGAGCACAUCUUGUCCGGAUCGUCUUUUCUGUGUCGGCUAAUCAAUAAAACGCAUCAGUGAACCGUUUUGGAUGUGGUUAGCCUACUAGCUUACAGGCACAUGUUGAUUAGCAUUGCAGCCUCGCUUCAUGUUAGAACAGAACGGCGUGCAGUGGCAACAUUUUGCAUGAUAAACUGCCCAAAUCGUAAUCUACUGAAGAUGAAUGUGAAUGUCUUGGCUUAUUUUGGUGUGUAGUGUACAGUCGGGACACAGCGUAGUCUGGGCUUGGUGCACAGUGGAUUGUAGCUAACGUUGGUGGAACAUACUAGCCUGUUGUCAAGUGCCUUAGUUUAGAGGACCGAUCUACAAUCAGGUUCUUCAGGGCCGUGUAAUUGGCUCCGUGGGGAGAUAGCAGAACCCAGGCUGUGAUUCUAGAUAAGCUCUCUUACUCAGAUACAUUUGGUAAAUGCUGGUCAUUGUCUGCUGGAUUGAACGCCGCGUAGUGCCAGGACGUCUGACCGCGUCCCAAUGUGUUUACGCUGGGGUCCGGACGAUAUGUUGCAGUUUUCAACAGAUCUGUCUGCGCUGUAAGACCACGGACCCUGCAGAACAAGAAGAUGCAGAAUAGCAUGAAUUCCAUGCUUUAAGCUGGUCUAAGGUGGUUUAUUCUGGUCUGAUAUGGUUUAGCUGGUCACCCCAAAUGGUCGUGCUGGUUGACCAUCAUACCAGCAUGCAGAACACCACAUAUGCUGGUCUGUGCAGGUUCUUCUAGGAGGAAUAUGAUCAGUAAUUGGAAUCUUUAGCUUGGUAAAAUCCUUUGUAUCAGUCAGGCCCUUGUUUACAUGCAGUUUGCUCUCCUCUCAGAGCUUUACAGCAGUUUUCUUCGGUGCCAAACCACCAACGGUUCAGUAUUUCCCCCAGUACAACUCGUCAGCUGAUCACUGAGUCUGAAUCAGAAGUUUAGAUGCAGAGGAAAAGCAGAAGCACGAACUUCUGCAGUGCCUUCAUUUCUGUGCUCUGUGACCUCCGUCUCUCUCUCUCUCUCUCUCUCUCUCUCUCUCUCUCUCUCUCUCUCUCUCUCUCUCUCUCAUGA